AUGGGGCCACAAGUGCCCGGUGUAGCCCUACCCAUGAACAGAGCCAAAAACCGAACUCUCCUCCAGCCACCCAUCUCUUUGAAAGUGACCGGGUCCCUUAUCCCAAGAAGGAUGUCAAGGCCAAAGGGAAGGGGACCGGUCAUUCUUCUUCUCAGAAAAGGAAGAGUUCCCACAAGACUUCCAGGGGGGAGGAGGAAGAAGGUCAGGCUAUCAGAUCUAGAAGGGGAGUCCAUUGAAGUGACAUUUUUAUCCUUGGCCCAGAAACUCAGCAAGGUUGGAGUUCUAUCCGAAGAAGUUGGCCGGUCACUCCUGGAGUCCAAGGACCAGGUCUCCGAACUUACCCUCCUUCUUGAUUCUGCCAAGUUGGAGAUCAAUGACCGGGCCGAGAGGGAGAAGAGACUUGAAGAGGAGCUGAAGGAAGAGAGGGCCAGGCUAGACGAGGAAAGAGCCAAGCUGGUGGAGGAGAAGAGAAAGGUGGCUGAGCUAGAGGAAGCUUUGGGACAGGCUGAAGAAUCUGCCCGGGCAAAGGAGCAGUCUUUUCCUGAUGAUGCUGCAACUUGGGCCGCUUGCCAUCACACCGAAGUUGCCCGAUCUGUUCUCACCAAGCCGGAGGAUACCAUGGAUUUUUUCAAGACCAUGUACAAAGAACCGGAGGGCAUGAGGAUGAUAACUGAGAUCGGGUCAUACGGCUUCCAGUGUGGCCAGAAGGAUGAGAGGUCCCUUCUCUAUGCCAGGCUCCAGAAAAGGGACCCUUCGUUUGACCCGGCCAAGAUGAAGCUUCCUCCUUUGUACAAGGAAGAGCCAGCCCCCCCCCCCCUUUCCCUUUGCAGUAGGUUAAGGUAGAUAAUGAAAACACUCUGAAUUU